AAACGGAGUGAUUGUUACUACAAACGCAUACAAUUAUCUUUUCAACAAUUCCGAUGAUUUACAAAAUGAAAUUGAAAAGAUAGAGAAAAUAGCAUGGUCUGAAAGAAGAGAAUUACUGCAAAAGUGUUGCCAAGGAGUGAGUGAAAAGUUUGCAAAACAAGAAUUACCGCAACUUAUAAGAGAAGAAAUUGAGACAAAUUUGUUAACAAUUUUCGGAGAAAACUUUGAAUCAAUUCGUUUUGCCGUCCGUUCGUCGGCUUUAAGCGAAGACUCGGAAGAGAUGUCAUCCGCCGGACAAAUGACCACAAUUUUAGGCGUUAAAGGCAUUGAAGACAUUAGUAAUGCUGUUAUGAAGUGCUGGUCGUCUCAGUUUGAAUUCGUUGCC